AUGAAGGCGACUAUACCAACUCUACUUUUAUUGUGGUGCAUAUCAAUCCAUAGUUUACUGGCAAAACCGAGUCAUUCUCAUCGCGAUGGAGAUGAAGAACCAAUUUGUGACUCUUCCCCACUACGACCGCUUCGCAUCGCAGUGAUUGGAGCUGGGCCUGCCAGUCUUUUUCUCUGCCAUGCAUUGGAAAAAUUGAUCAAAGAGCAUGGUAUUCAUACUAAGUCUGGGCGCAAGAUGGAGGUGACAGCCUUUGAAAGGUCCAGUCAUCCAGGUGGCCUGUGGCAACCAAGAAACAAUGCGAAGAGUGGAGUUACAAUCUACGACAACAUGUGGACCAAUGGACCUUCUUUUCAACAUGAAUUCUAUGACUAUACCUACGAGGAACACUUUCGUCGGCCCGUGGAUGUCUACUUUCCACGCAAGGACGUCUUGGACUAUAUCUUGGCCCGGGUCCAACAGAAUACCACGGACUUUUUCGAAAAAUACGUGAGGUUUGACACGGAGGUAAUCAAUGUCAGAUUCAGUAAUGCCAAAAAGGUCUUUAAGGUCACAGUCAAGGAUCUCAUGACUGGAGCGGUCACAUCUGGGUACUAUGAGAAAUGCAUUUGGGCCGCUGGUGCUGAAGGUGUUCCUAAUGUACCUAGAUAUGCAUCAGAUCUUGAAGAGUUUGGCUUCGAGGGAAGGGUGAUACAUUCAUCUGACAUGGCCAACUUCGAAAAAGACGUUAGGGGAAAGCGUAUCUUGCUCAUAGGAGGUGGGCUAUCUGCAGAAGACCUGGCCUUACAAGCCAUCAAGUGUGGCGUUGAAAAAGUAUUUGUAGCGGCUCGAGCUAAAUUUGGAUCUUCGAUUUCCAUGACUACAGCCUGGCCUGACAACAAGGUAGAAGUUUUGCUGGGAUGGAAUCUCGCGUCGAUUACCGAAGAUGGAGAAUCUCUCAUUCUAGAAUCCGUGACAUACGAUGGGGAAUACUACAGUCGCGAUGAAAUGUACGACGAUAUCUUUUUGGAUGAUGUUGAUACCAUCAUCUUUUGCACUGGAUAUGAUGCCAACAUAAACAUGCUUGAAAACUCUCUCCAGAAGGGGGUGUCGAUAGAUCUUGAAUAUGAAAAUGUCGAAUCUCCUACAGUGUCGGAAGACUGGAGUAUGGAAGAAAAUUGCAUGACAUCGAGGUUGGGGGAUGUUCAGCCAUCAUUGUAUUUGGAAUACGAAUCAGGGUACAAUAAUCCUAUGGUGUAUAGAGGGGUGCUUAUUUCCAAUCCAAAUAUGAUGUUUUUAAGUAGCUUUGGUUCGGAGACUCCCCUGUUGUCCAUUGAUGUUUCAGCACAUCUUUUAGCAGGAUACCUCUACGGAACGAUAAAUUUACCGACAAAGACUGAAAUGCAGAAAAAGAAUCUCGAAAGGUUCCAUCACAUGAUGCAUAAUCCUUUCUCCAGAAUGGAUGCAGAUUAUGCCUACUCGGUAGCCAUUGAGCAGUGGAUGGAAACUGUCAACUCUACCGAAAGACUCAAUGCGUCAGACGAAGUUGUUACUACAUCGGCUUAUUGCUUUGAUCUCUAUUACUUGCAUCAAACGAUGGUAGAUGCUAAUUAUCCAAUUAAGUUGGUUGGACCCGAAGGAUUGACAUGCCCGAGCAAGUUUGACCACAAGAUUGGCAAUCGGAACUAUCUCAUGCCGAAGGGCUUGACCGAACUCGGGGAUCUUUUUGUAUCUAUGGAUAUGCUCUGUGGAGAGCAUCGUGGUAGUACUCGCAAUGACAAUCGGGUAAAGGAUCAAACCCCAUCAAAGUCCACGUACCGUGACUAUACUGAUGGUGCCAAGUUUCGCUCUCUCCACACACACAAUGAAGCCCGCCCUUCUUUGGAUGACAUGUGGGUAAAUCUUUGA